AUGCUGAGCUCGCGCCCCGUAUCGGUGAGACUUGACUCGGAUGCUUACAGUAUGGCGAGAACUCCUGCAAAGGCACUCCUCAAGUCCCGCGGUGCUCUUCAAGAAAAUGCGGUCCACCACGCAUCCGCCACCGUCAACGGCAAAGGCAAAAAAGCGCUGCAGCAGACACCACAUCAUCCCAAUACCAUCCAGCCCGAGCGUCUUUUCAAAGACCCGGGCCACAAGCAGCCAGGCCUGUCCAAACUAGCCAUCGCCGCGACGCAGGCGCCAUCCCGCCCUCUCGGCGACAAGACGCCCUUCCCCAACCGCAUCGCCAACCACGCCACACCCCUCCCCGCGACCGCCAAAAUAGCCAAGCCCCUGCUUGACGUCGCCCCCAGCCUAACGCCCACCCUCCGUCCGAGCUCGACUAGAAAGCAUAUCCGCGCGCCUCGGAGUGCUGUGAAGAACUUUGAAACGCCUGUGACGGGAGGCCAGCAUUGGGACGUUAGUGAUAUCAGUAUCGCGAACCCUGAUGUCGCAUCCAAUGCAAACCAGUCGGUUGACGAGGAAGACUAUGAUGAGAUUGAGUACAUGCCGCCCACUGCAGUCGAACUUCCUUAUGAGCCGCCUUUUGAGUUGCCGGAUUACAAGGAAGUUGGCAGAACCAUUUUGACACUAUCUCAAUCCUAUAUCAUUGAAGACUUGCCCGAAUUUGAUAACGAAUUUGAGCUUGGUCCGUCGGAUAUGGCCAAUUUUUUCGCGCAGGAGGAUCUAUUAUUGCCAGACUUGAAAGACGAUAGUCCUUUCCAGCAGAACGCCUCUAAAAAGACUAAACCAUCCGAUCAACGCGUCGUUGGCCAACGGGAGAUCACAAAAGCGAAAGUGGACCCCAGGCCUAUUAGUCGACCCGCAAAGCCUAUAACGUCUCAGACAUCUUCCACAGUAACCAAACGCCCACCCAUCGUCUCCAGUCGAGCGGCUUCCACUACCGUAAAAACAGCAUCAAGUCAAAGGACGGUGCCCAGUUCGCUUUCUCGUCCUGGCACUGUUGCUUCUGUGAGCAGAGUGACUCGUCCGGCUACCAGUGUGGGUGUCAUAAGGCCUGUACGCGAGCGUGCGGACACGGUUUCUCGUCUUGGGACAGCUAGGCCAAGAGAUGGUCCAACAGCUAUCCCGCGUCCUGCAAGCACCGGAAUGAAUUAUAGGACCACAGCGACUAGAACGACUAGCCUGGCGACAGCCAGGCCAGGUCCUACGAAUAAUAAACCAGUUCCAACCGCAGGACGAUUAGGUGGCAUUGCGACGAAGGCUUCCUUGAAAACACCCGCCCUCGUACCUGCGACGCACCGCAAAGCCAAAACGGAGAGUAGCCUGUUGGAGACUAACAUGUUCACCGUCGUAGAAGAUGACUGGAUGGCUGAAGACGACUUCAAGUUUGCGAUCUGA